AACGCAAGCCCGAGUGCUGCGUUGGAGAGCGUGCGGCGGAUCCGUUUCAUUUUUACAGCGCUGGAGGAAAUUGUAUAAGUUGGUCAAGCCCGAGUAGUUGGGCUGGCCAAGUCUCUGCUUUUUUUACUUUUAUGUUCCCCACUCAAUUGCUUUAGUAAUAUAAAACUCACCUGAUUGCCAUUUCUUUCUAAAGUGCACUUCACUUUUAUGGUGCAUGAAAUGAAAUGAAAAAGGCUGCAGCCUGUUCUGAACAAAAUAACGUUACUGAAUAUUAACGUUUAGAUAGCCGUUGCAAUAUUUAAAAUUUUAACGUUCCAAAAUUUUACACUAUAAAUAGCUUGUAAAUUUAUAAAAUUCAAAUUCACAUUCACUUCUUUCUUCUCUUCAAAUAAGCUUAUAUUUUUCACUAUCAAAAAUGAACCCAAACAAUUAUUCUCCUUCAAACUCACAAAAUUCAAACCCCCAAAAUUCUCAAUUUCCGAAUACUCAAUAUCCAUAUUCACUCCCAAAUCCUUAUUUUCCGUACAACCAAAAUCCAAGUAUCGAUAAUUCUCAAUUUUCAAGUCCACAAAAUCCAAAUUUUAAUUCUCAAUUUCCAUUUCCAAUUCCGUAUUUUCCGUAUCCUCCUAAUUCUCAAUUUCCUUUUGUUCAAAAUUUUCAAAAUAUGCAUCCACAAACCGGAGUUCAACAAAAUCCUAUUAGCAAUGAAAAUUCUCCACACUCACAAGCUUCUGCUUUCGAUGCUACUAACACUAUCGAUCUUAAUGAUGAUGUUAUCGAAGUUGAAAAUAUGUGAGAUUCUAUAACUCAGUGGAAAUGGAGUGAAGAUAAACUUCUAAUUAGCGCAUGGUUGAAUGUAUCUACUGAUCCUAUAAUCGGUGCAGAUCAAAAAGGUGAAGCAUUUUGGGAUCGAAUUCGUCAGUAUUGUGAAGAAAGUAAUCCCGGGCUUAUCAAAAGAGGUGCUAUUGCUAUUAAAAAAAGAUGGCAACGAAUAAAUGAAGGAGCUCAAAAAUAUGGAUCUUGCUAUGAACAAGCCGAGCGAAGGGUGGGAAGUGGUUCGAACUUGGACAACAUAAUCGAAGCAGCUCAUGAUCUCCACAAAGCUAAAUACAAAAAGAAGUCAAAUUUUGAAUUACAUUGGAACGAGCUUCGGAGACAACCUAAGUGGAGAGCUCCAACUCCAAGUGGUGGAAGUGGAAAACGAACUAAAUUGAGUGAUUCUGGAGCUUAUUCAACAUCGGGAAAUGAUGAGACCAAUGAAAAUAUCGUGGAAUCUCCUGUUCGUCCUAAAGGUACAAAAGCAGCUAAGAAAGGAAAAGGAAAGGCAAAAACAAGAAAAGAUAUGCAAGAUGAAUAUGAAGAGUUGAAGGCCGAUAAUAUUAGGAAAUUAAAUCUAAUAGACAAAUUUAAUCAUGUCCGACAAAAGGAUAUUGAUUCACGUCUCUUAAUGGCCGAUACAACUAUUAUGACUGAUGCUCAACGGGAGAUUUAUGAUAAGAUGCUUGCUGAAGUGAAAUCAAGGAUGAUGUAGUCUUUGUGUUUGUCUUUUUCUUCUUGUAAUGUAACCGUUGUAAUCUUGUAUUUGUACUUUUCCUCUUGUGGUGUAGUUGUUGUAAGUUUGUAUCUGUCCUUUUCUUUAUAUAAUAUAGUCUUUGUAGUAGCCGUUGGAAUGUAUUCCUUUUAUCCUCUAUAUAACAAAUUCAUUCCAGUAGCACUUGAUAAAUCAUUUCAUAUUUCAUUAUCAUCAUCAAAGUUUAUAUACAAUAUGGAUCCCGAUUGUGCAGAGGCUGAAGAAAUCAUUGAGGAGUUUUUACUAGACAACUCAAUGGAAGAACGUCGAUUACAACUCUUUAAUCAACUUUAUGGAGAAGGCUCAUCAUCCACGCCACGAAGGGUGAUAAACAGAGACCGUGAAGCUGCCCACAAUCGUUUAGUGCGGGAUUAUUUUGCAGCAAUUCCGGUAUAUCCACUUGAGACAUUCCAAAGAAGGUUUCGAAUGGGAAGACAUAUUUUUCUUCGUAUUGUGGAUGCCCUAUCAAAUAUAGAUCCAUAUUUUCAGCAAAGGGUUGAUGCAUUAGGAAGAAAAGGUCUAUCACCCUUACAAAAAUGUACGGCAGCCAUGCGUAUGUUGGCGUAUGGAAUAUCUGCAGAUGCUGUUGAUGAUUAUGUUCGUAUUGGUGAGUCAACUGCGAUUGAGUGCUUGAAAAAGUUUGUCACCAAUAUCAUUUUGAUAUUUGAGAGUGAGUACUUGCGAAAGCCAAAUUUAAAUGAUGUACAACGUCUACUGAAAAUGGGUGAAGAUCGCGGAUUUCCUGGUAUGAUGGGCAGUAUUGAUUGCAUGCACUGGCAGUGGAAAAAUUGUCCUAAAGCAUGGAAAGGGAUGUUCAUGAGUGGUCAUAAAGGAGUUCCGACAAUUUUGCUUGAAGCAGUUGCCUCAUCGGACCUAUGGAUAUGGCAUGCAUUUUUUGGAGUUGCUGGUUCUAACAAUGAUAUAAAUGUGUUAGAUCGGUCACCAAUAUUCGAUGAAGUGCUAGAAGGUCGUGCUCCUGAAGUGAACUACAAUGUUAACGGCAACGACUAUAAUAUGGGAUAUUAUUUAACAGAUGGAAUAUAUCCUGAAUGGGCAACCUUCGUCAAAACAAUUCCACGUCCCCAAGGCGAUAAGAGGAGAUUAUUCUCUAAAUAUCAAGAAGGUCAGCGAAAAGAUGUGGAACGAGCAUUUGGUGUGUUACAGUCACGGUUUGCAAUUAUACGUGGUCCAGCCCGAUUUUGGGACAAGAAAGAUCUCGCCAAAAUAAUGAGAGCUUGUAUCAUAUUGCAUAAUAUGAUUGUCGAGGACGAGCGGGAUACAUAUGCUACUCCAUUCGGUUCGUUACCAACUUAUGAUGAUGCAACAAAUGGUUUAUCCCAACCAAAUCUAGAGGAAGAGCCGUUUGCCCCUUAUGAAAGAUAUAUCCAAAAUAAUGUUCGAAUUCGGGACAGACAGAAACAUCGACAACUCCAAGCUGAUUUGAUUGAGCAUAUCUCGCAAUUUCAUAAUAACCGUUAAUUUAUUUCUUAUGUAAUGUUUUUAAUUUUAUGUUUUUUCUAAUUCUUGUAAUGCGUGAUUUUUAUUCUUGUAAUGUGUGUCUUUAUU